AUGUUGUUCAAUUCCAUGGAUACAUUCUUUUCUUACGGGCUUCUAUCCGGUGAUAAGGUGUACUGGCGUUUCGUCAGAGAGUUUUUGCCGAGGACGCAGCAAAAUCUCUUACGAGCCGAAUGGGGCGAUAUUGAUAACAGACGCUUGUCGAUUGCUUGGCUCAAAGAUGCAUUCAACAAGGGAACGCUUCAUUUCCAAAUGCUCGCUUUUAGGAAUAACCGUAAAAUAAUCGCCCGCUUUUAUCAUCGAAAUGCUUGUAUGAGUAAUGGUGGUAUGCUUGAAGCAGUGACAGAUAUGAUUGUGAGCCUUGUGAAUGUCCAGUUUGCGUUCUAUUCCACUCUGAAUCUUCGUGUAGAACCAGCUCAAGCGGUUGUGGUCAUGACACCCACUGCACCGAUUGUGAAGGCGAAAACCAAGCGAAGGAAAAGGGAGGAGAGCGAGCGUGACCUGGGACCCGUCGUAGUAGAUAAAUUACCGCCACCCAUUCAGGCAACAGUGGUUCCAACACCGAAAGAUCAGGAGCUCAUACUGGAUGAGUUAGUUAGGAAUCGUCGAAGUCGGCUGCAAAGCCUCAUGGAGUCAUCUAGCUUUGAUAAGAAUGACGAGAAUGCUGAUUCUGGAAUGAACACGAGUGGAGAUUCUUCGGAACAACCUGUAAGAAACGAAGCUUUCGAUGAGUUAAGGCUGCAUUCUGGUGACAUUCUAAAGCUAGCUAUGAAUGUUUAUGUAGACGAAGGAGAACGAUUGCUGCAUAUGUACCAUGUGUAUCAAAAGUUUGCUGCUGGAACACCUCAGCAAAGGCUACUCGCGGUUACCGACCAUAACAUCUAUGUAAUAACGCAGAACGUAGAGCUCAUCCUGGAUGAGUUGGUUAGGAAUCGUCGAAGUCGCCUGCAAAGUUUAAUGGAAUCAUCUAGCUUUGACAAGAAUGACGAGAAUGCUGAUUCUGGAAUGAACACAAGUGGAGAUUCUUCAGAACAACCUGUAAGAAACGAAGCUUUUGACGAGUUUGCUGCUGGAACUCCUCAGCAAAGGCUACUUGCGGUCACCGAUCACAACAUCUAUGUAAUAACUCAGAAUGUUGUGCUAGAAGAUUCAGCGCAGCCAGGAGGUUUCGAGGAGGGCGGCCAUCGUAACGUUUUCUACGAAGUUCAUGUGGUCAUUUCGUUACCUAAUGUGGACUACAUAGGUGUUUCGAGAGACGCACAAGUCCUUAUUCUGUACGCCAAGAGCGGUCUCCCUUUUCGAGUCAUGAACGAUGUGGAAGGAACCAAAGACAAAACCUGUGCGAUAGCUACAGGCGAUGUUCAGCUAGGAAACGCCAUAGUGAAGACAAUUACGACUGCUGCCGAGAGCGGCAAUCACGAACCACCUGCCGUUUUUACAGAAAGCACUCCUUACUCUUUGAUACUCAAACGAUACCUCACAAAAGAGUUGAAUGGAGCGGUGAGCCCGCACAUCGAGUUGCAACACUUUGCACUUGUUUAUUGGAAAGAGUCUUCUGCGUUGGUAGAUAAACAGGGUGCGGAGACUGUUGGAUAUCUGUAUAGAAGGAUGGUACACCCGAAUUGGUGGAGAAAGCCUCCUGCU